AUGGCAGACCUACCCGCGCAGCACCCCACGCUAUCGCUGCACCUCGCCGACGACGCCCUCACCCCGCUCAUCACCUCCUCGCGCUCGCGCUCGGCCCGCGCGUCGCUCACCGCGCUGACCACCUCGGCGCUGACCGGCCGCGCGGCCGCGCACCGCGUCGGCAUGGGCGCCGUCGAGCGCAUCGUCGUCGAGUACCCGCCGCCCGCCGCCGCCGCCGUCGUCCUGCAGUCGUACAUGCACCCGCCGCCGGAAGAGGGGCCGGUCGGCAAGGGCGAGGAGGGAAAGGCGCCGCCGCCGCCGAGGUUGGUCGGGUUGGUCGUGGCGAAGAGUCCGCAGGAUGCGCGGGAGGCGCAGACGGCGGCGGCGAGACUGGAGAGGGUCGGACGGGAGUUUCAGAGUCGGUGGAGCAGCAGCAGCAGCAGCAGCAGCAGCAGCAGCAGCGGGCCGGACACAUCUUGA